GGGUCUAUAAAAUGCUGUGUAAGGACACUUUGGGAUCUUCAUUCUAUCUCAGUUAGUUCCUCUUAUUCAGUCCCUCUAGUUUCAUUAAGCUAUUUUCUUGGAGCUUUGGUUUCCAAUAUGGAGUUUCCUAUGCUAUCCAUCUUUAUGUUACUCAAUCUUGCACUGGUUGCUACCCAAGCUUCCUUAACUCCUGAACUUUACUGGAAGUCCAAGCUUCCUACUACUCCAAUGCCAAAAGCCAUUACGGAUCUUCUGCACUCUGAUUGGACAGAAGACAAAAGCACCUCUGUAGCUGUUGGAAAGGGAGGUGUAAAUGUUGAUGCAGGGAAAACAAAGCCCGGAGGCACUGCAGUUAACGUAGGAAAAGGAGGAGUACAUGUAAAUGCAGGUAAAGGAAAACCAGGAGGCACUUCAGUGAACGUUGGAAAAGGAGGAGUAAACGUCCAUGCCGGAAAAGGAAAAGGAAAAAGAAAGCCAGUGCAUGUUAACGUGGGGCAUUCUCCCUUUGAUUACAAUUACGCCGCCAGUGAGACCCAGUUACAUGAAAAUCCAAACGUAGCAUUGUUCUUCUUAGAAAAGGACUUGCAUCAGGGAACAAAAUUGAACUUGCAAUUCACCAAGACCUCAAAUGAUGCUGCAGCCACAUUCUUCUUGCCUCGCCAAGUUGCUGAUUCGAUCCCCUUUUCGUCGAACAAGGUGGAUGACGUGCUGAACAAGUUUUCCUUGAAGCCGGGGUCAGAGGAGGCGGAAAUUGUGAAGAACACCAUCGCCGAGUGCGAAGAGCCUGGUGUAGUAGGAGAAGAAAAGCGCUGCGUGACUUCACUUGAGUCCAUGGUUGAUUUCACCACUUCCAAGCUCGGGAAAAAUGUUGAGGCUGUUUCAACUGAUGUGAACAAAGAAAAGGAGCUACAACAAUAUACCAUAGCGCCAGGAGUUAAGAAAUUGACAGAGGAUAAAGCUGUUGUGUGCCACAAAGAGAAUUAUCCUUAUGCUGUGUUUUUCUGUCACAAAACAAAUGCUGUUAAAGCUUACUUUGUGCCGUUGGAGGGUGUUGAUGGAAGCAGAGUGAAAGCAGUAGCUGUGUGCCACACUGACACAUCGAAAUGGAAUCCUAAGCAUCUAGCCUUCCAAGUCCUCAAAGUAAAGCCUGGAACUGUCUCUGUCUGCCACUUCCUCCCUCAGGAUCAUGUUGUCUGGGUUCCUAAAUAAGAACACCUGAGUUUAGUUUCACCCAUAUUCCCUGUCCUUCAAUAACACUAGAACCUGCCUUAUAAAGCUAGUCUUAAAAUACUUGCAUUUAUAUAUGUAGCCACAUGGUUCGAGCAAGCUACUACAGUACUGUAUGUUUAUGCAUUAUAUAUAUGUACCAAACAUGAUACUAUAUACUAGCUAUAACGAGACUUCUCUUUGUCCCUCUAA